UAAGCUGCAGCAUCUUUGAUACGUUGGCUGUCUUUGGCUGUCAGUUUAUCAUCAGCUUGUCAUCUUAGCUGUCAGGAUGGGUGGCUGCUGGUCAUGGGUGAACUGUAGGUAAGUCUCCGGCAUGAUGGGGAAGCAAAAUCUAAUGGCUGCCUGGACAUGGUUUUUAAAGAUGCCCUUCCAUUGUUUUACAUGCCAUUGCGCUCCCUGAACUUCAGUGGUCACAAGUUCACCACCACUAUUCACACCACACAGCUUCUCCUUGAAAUGCAGGUGGCCCUCAAAGGUCACUUGCUGGGCUGAUUUCCACUGUAUUUCUUAAGCUUACAGGUCCUAGACCUGUGAAACUGUAACACCCAGGAGCUACUGGCUGGCCCCUGUGGGCUCACUUGGGGUUUUUUUUGGGGGGGGGGAAUCCUGCCCACCAGUUGAAGCUGACUUCAAAAGCUGCCCCCCCAAACCCCCAUGUUAUUUCCAAGAACAUGCCUAACCUUUUCUUCUUUCAUGUUCCCAUAGGUCUCACCCAGAGGCAGAACCAAAGUGUGUUGCUUUUUUCCCUCUUGACUACUCUUAAUGCUUUUGGCUCUGGUGUGGCCAUCUGAAGGGAUGGGUGUGGAGGGGGUUGUUCAGACAUAGCCCAAACCCAGGUAAAAGUGUGCCAUCAAGUUGGUGUCAACUCCUGGUGACCACAGAGUCCUGUGGUUGCCUUUGGCAGAAUACAGGAGGGGUUUACCAUUGCCAUCUCCCACGCAAUAUGAGAUGAUGCCUUUCAACAUCUUCCUAUAUUGCUGCUGCCCAAUAUAGGUGUUUCCCAUAGUCUGGGGAACAUACAGGCGGGGAUUCGAGUUGUCACAAAUUUAAACCCUCUUAUUCAAAUUUUAAAAACCAAAACAGUAUGUAUGUUCUUUUAGCUGAAGUGUCCCCCUUUGGGAGGGGGCUUUCUAAAAAGUUGAAAAUCUUCUCUAGAGAGGGGUGGGAAAGCUGGCCUCAUAUCUAUAAACUACGAGAGUGGGUCUGCCCCCCGCCCUGUCAACCAGUCAAUCCCCUAGUGAAAACAAUCUGAGCAAAAUGUAGUGAGUGACUUUCAAUAGCAAUUACUUUCACUGCUCCCAAGUAUUGAAUCAUCCAAAAUUAGCAGGGCCUUCUAGAAGGAUUAUGGGUGAGGGCAUGCUUGGGAUGGCACAGCACCCCCUAGGAUUACUGGGGGGACCCCUCAAUUUCCUGUGAUUCGCUACUAAGAAUGUUUCUCCUUAUCUCUGCAGGGAUGAAGAUGAAGAGGGGGCACAGACUGGUCAUCCCAGAAAUCCAACCCAUGUUGCUCCAUGUCCUGGGGGACCCACGUUGCACCAUGUUCUGGGGGGACCCUCUGGGGGAAGAGCCCAAUGAGGCAACCUUGGUGCCAGGACCCCUUCCAGGACUUCAUGUCCCCACUGACAUUCUGGGGAAAGAGCUCAAUGAGGAAACUUCAAUGCUAGGAUCCCUUCCAGAACCUCGCGUCCCCACAGAUAUUCUGGAGGAAGAGCUCAAUGAGGAAAUGUCGGUGCCAGGAUCCCUUCCAGAACCUCAUGUCCCCACUGAUAUUCUGGAGCAAAAGCUCAAUGAGGAAAUGUUGGUGCCAAGAUCCCUUCCAGGACCUUGCAUCACCAAUGACAUUCUGGGGGAAGAGCCUUGGUGCCAGGACUCCUUCCAGGACUUCGUGUACCCACUGACAUUCUGGGGAAAGAGUUCAAUGAAGCAACCUCAGUGCCAGGAUCCCUUUCAGGACCUCGCAUUUCCACUGAUAUUCUGGAGGAAAUGCUCAAUGAGGAAACCUCAAUGCCAGGAUCUCUUCCAGGACCUCGCGUCCACACUGAUAUUCCGGAGGGAGAACUCAAUGAGGCAACUUCAGUGCCAGGAUCCCUUCCAGGACCUCACAUCACCAAUGACAUUCUGGGGAAAGAGGUCAAUGAGGAAACCUCAGUGCCAGGUCCUUCCAUCCCCACUGGCACUCCAAAGGAAGCAGCUUUUGUGUCAGAGCCUUCCAUUGCUGACAAUUACCUUGAGCAAGAAGUAGAAAUCCUCAAAGGAUUACAGAAUGACUAUGUCCAGCGGCAAAUGAGGGUUCUCCAGGCCAUCAACCUGCAAAUUGGACACACACGGACAAGGCUCAUCCGCAGUGAAGUUCGGCUGCAAUGGUGGGGAAAGGAAGGUGACCAAGCUCUGAUGCCUGUAAUUCAGACAGCUUCUCAUGAUGAUCCUGCAGGCCAGGAUUAUUAUUAUCAUUAUCAGUUCAUUAUUAUCUUCUGCCUCGCUGGAAGUUGGCUCCAUCCCACCCUCCGCCUCCACCUCUUCUUUCCUCCUGCAUCCCCCUCCUCCUCCUUCCCCACCUCCUCUAGAGCCGGACCUCAGCAAUGUAAAAGAAACUCUGCAGAGUUUGAUGGAUUUGCAGUUCCAUCAGCUGCAUGACCGCCAAAGAGACCUCCGCAGCUGCCAGGAAUGUUUGCAAAACCUCAAGGCACUGAGGGUACAGCUCCGGAGACUGCGGAGCAGACUGGCAAGGGUGGAAGCCACUAUGGGGAUCCUGGUUCCUCCAAGGGAGCUGGAUGUUGAUGAGGAAAAAGAGAAAGACAAAAACCAGACAGUGCUUCAUACAUAGGUAGCAAUAAAAUGCUGCAUAUUUAUUUUAAAAAUAUUAAACAUUUGUUUUAAUAGGAUAGGAUGUAGAGAUAAAACAGCAACAGAACAUGCAUAUUUACUGCUUAAAAAUUAAAAAGUUGAUUUUAAAGAAAAUAAAGUUGUCUUACUUUGAA